AUAACAAUCAUGGCGGACAGUGAAACCCUGGAGUGCAUAACGGAGCACGAGCGGAUUUUACAGGAAAUUGAAAGCACCGACACAGCUUGUGUCGGUCCUACUCUUCGGUCUAUUUAUGAUGACCAACCCAAUGCCCACAAGCGCUUCAUGGAAAAGCUUGAUGCCAGGAUAAGGAAUCAUGACCGUGAGAUUGAAAAGAUGUGCAAUUUUCACCACCAAGGGUUUGUGGAUGCCAUCACAGAGCUCCUCAAAGUCCGUGCAGAUGCAGAAAAACUGAUGGGCCAAGUGACAGACACUAAUCGAAGGCUACAAGAUGCAGGCAGGGAGGUGACAGCUCAGACAGAGGAGGUGAUUCGCUGUCGGGUCCAGCAGAGGAACAUGGCGACCACUGUGGAGAAACUCCAACUCUGUAUACCAGUGCUAGAAAUGUACAGCAAGUUAAAGGAGCAGCUGGAAUCCAAAAGAUAUUAUGCUGCACUAAAAACCAUGGAGCAGUUGGAGAAGGUCUAUAUCCCAAGGGUCAGUCAGUACAGGUUCUGUCAGAUCAUGGCUGAAAAUCUGCCCAGACUGAGAGAGGAGAUCAAAGACAUCUCCAUGUCAGACCUCAAAGACUUCCUGGAGAGCAUUCGGAAGCAUUCAGACAAGGUUGGAGAGACUGCCAUGAGACAGGCACAGCAGCAUAGGACCUUUAACAGUGCAGUAGCCAAGCAGGCCAGUAUGGGCCACUACAUCAAGCCCGUGUACUCUCUCAAUGAGCGAACACAUGCUCACACUCCCAACGGCCUGCUGAUGGAUGAUGACACUGGAGAUGAUGAGGCUGAUGAAGAGAUUCUUACAGCUCAGGAUCUGGUGGACUUCUCACCCGUCUACAGGUGUCUACACAUCUAUACUGUGUUGGGUGACCGAGAAACAUUUGAGAACUACUACAGGAAACAGAGGAAAAAACAGGCCCGGCUAGUUCUGCAGCCUCAGGCUAACAUGCAUGAGACAGUGGAAGGCUACAGAAGAUACUUCAAUCAGAUUGUAGGGUUCUUUGUUGUAGAGGACCAUAUCCUCCAUGCCACUCAAGGGCUGGUGACCAGAGCUUUUACUGAUGAACUGUGGAACAUGGCGCUGUCCAAGAUCAUCGCUGUUCUCCGGACACACUCUUCAUACUGUGACGACCCAGACUUGGUGCUGGAGCUGAAGAAUCUUAUAGUCAUCUUUGCUGACACACUACAGGGUUACGGCUUCCCGGUAAACCGUUUGUUUGACCUGCUGUUUGAGGUUAGAGACCAGUACAACGAAACCCUGCUGAAGAAAUGGGCACUGGUUUUCAGAGAGAUCUUUGAACUGGACAACUACAGUCCCAUCCCAGUGGAGACAGAGGAGGAAUAUAAACUGGUUGUCAGCCGCUUUCCCUUCCACGAUGCUGAGAUAGAGAAGCAGGACUUUCCUAAGAAGCUGCCAAUGUCCCAGUCUGUCCCUCAGAUCUACACCCAGGUCAAAGAGUUCAUUUACGCCAGCCUCAAGUUCUCAGAGUCACUACACCGCAGUUCAACAGAGAUUGAUGACAUGUUGCGAAAAUCUACCAACCUGUUGCUGACAAGAACUCUCAGCAGUUGUCUGCAAAACCUUAUCAAGAAACCUCACAUAGGACUGACUGAGCUGGUACAGAUCAUCAUUAAUACCACCCACCUGGAGCAGGCCUGCAGGUAUCUGGAGGAAUUCAUAACAAACAUCACCAACGUCUCCCCAGAAACAGUUCACACCACAAGACUCUACGGAUUGUCGACCUUCAAGGAUGCUCGUCAUGCUGCAGAGGGAGAGAUUUAUACCAAACUGAACCAGAAGAUCGAUGAGUUCAUCCAGCUAGCAGACUACGAAUGGGGCAUGGCUGAGUCUGACGGCCGUGCCUCAGGGUAUCUCAUGGACCUGAUCAACUUCCUACGAUCUACCUUCCAGGUGUUCACACACCUCCCGAAUAACAACAAUGAUCAUGCAUCAAUGUCGGGAAAAGUGGCCCAGACAGCUUGUAUGUCGGCCUGCAAGCAUCUGUCCACAUCACUGAUGCAGAUGCUGUUGGACACGGAACUCAAACAGAUCAGUAUGGGGGCCAUUCAGCAGUUCAACUUAGACGUUAUUCAGUGUGAAUUGUUUGCCAGCUCAGAACCAGUGCCUGGGUUUCAAGGAGAUACUCUUCAGCUGGCCUUCAUCGAUCUACGACAGCUCCUGGACCUCUUCAUGGUGUGGGACUGGUCAACUUACUUGGCAGACUAUGGCCAGCCAACAUCCAAAUACCUGAGAGUAAAUCCAGCCACUGCCCUGGCUCUGCUGGAAAAGAUGAAGGACACCAGUAAGAAGAACAACAUCUUCUCCCAGUUCAGGAAGAAUGACAGAGACAAACAGAAGCUGAUAGAGACUGUAGUCAAACAGCUGAGGAGUCUGGUCAAUGGCAUGUCCUCUUAAACCCACACACACACACACACACACACAGGCAGGAGUGAUGUGUGUGAAACAAGAGACAAAAAGAUGUAAACAUGAAUGGAGUCACAUGCACGUGUUGAACUGCCAACAGAAGGACUUUUUCGCAUAUGUAAAAACAACAACACACCAAAUGGCAAAGACACACUUGUGAACCACGCGGGGAAUUCUAGGGACAGAUACACAGCUUACAAGUACACACAAGUCACACACACAGUUUACAUGAAGGCAAAGCAAUAGACAAACUGUACAGAGUGCAGGAAAUCGACUCUGCAAACACAUAAAGUCUCCUUAGCUGACUGAAUACUCGACGUAUAAACGGCAUACAGCAGUUUACUGAACUCCACACAGGAACAAGCAGUAAAAUGUUUGUAAAGUAUUUUUAAUGCAGACGAUGAGACGAACUAUGUUUUGUACUUUUGUGGGAGUGCAAUGGUUGCUGCAGAGCGAGAACGCUACAGCACAGGAAAUGACAGGCACAACUAUUGGGACGAUGAGGUCAAAGGUCAGUAACACCAGUGAAUGGCACCAAUCACUACCUGAUGCUUUGUCAGACACAUUUAUAAACCGAAGCCAUGUGCAGUAAGUUUAUCUGCUGGUUAACCUAGUCAGUAAAAACCAGCUGUUUGGAGGAGUGUGGUCGUUAACGAGUAAAUAUUUCAGCCCAUACUAACCUGCUGAAGUCCUCUUCUUUCUUUUUGUUGUUGUGCAUUAAGAUGAGCCUCAUUUUAGCUGAAAACAUAUUUCCACAGACACUCAGUGUCUGAGCUUAGACUCAUGCAGCUGAUUCUGUUUAAAAUGUAAAGAAAAGCAGAACUAAUGACAUAUCAGAUAUUUAAACUGAACAAAUGUACCAUUUUAAGAAUAAUAGCACAUUUUGAAUUUGAUGGCACAUCUUUAAAAAGUUUUGAAAAGACAGAUGUUUCCCACUGUGUGAAGCUGUGCUGCUGGAAUAGCUGCAGUAUGUGGUUUAGUAUUGUCCUGCUGAAAUAUGCAGGUCUUUCCUGAAAAAUACGUCCUCUGUUGCUCUAAAACCUGUAUACACCUUCCUGCAUUGAUGGCCUCUCCAGAUGUGCCAGCUGCUGAUUCCAUAGGCAUUAAUGCAGCCCCACACCAUCAGAGAUGAAGGCUGAGUGCUGGUAACAAAGCAGAUUCUCCCUCCCGUCUUUAGUCCAAACAUGGCAGUAAGAAUGUCAUUUUGGCUGACCUCAGAACAGUUUCCCACUUUGCCUCAGUCCAUUUUAAAUGAACGUUGGUCCAGAGAGGACAGCAGAGUGUCUGCGUCGUGUUCACAUGUGUGAUUUGUGGAUGGCAGAGUGAGCUGUGUUCCAGCUGAAACCCGAGUUUCAGCUGGAACACAGAGAUUUCUCUGAAUCUUUUGAUGCUGUUAUUACUCUGGAUCAGACGUUCACAGUCUUCAGUCUUUUGCAGCGCAGUACAUUAUUCUGAUAUUGUUCUGUUAAUUGUACACGUAGUUUCUUGCAGAUUGGUGAUCCUCUUUACCUGGUCAUGUUACUGACCUGUUGCCAGGUAGCUCCAGCUGUUCCUUUGUUAGAUCACUUACUUUUCAGCUUUUGUUGCCCUGUCUCACAUUUUGCUGCUGCCAUCAAAUUUAAAAUGAGCUACUAAUGUUCUUGAAAUAGUCAAAUGUUUAAGUUUAAAUAUUUGAUAAGUUUUCUGUGUUAUAUUGUGAAUAAAAUACAAAUGGUUGUAUUCUGGUUUUAUUUACAUUUCAGACAAUUGAAAUGUGGGAAUCAUACUGUGAAGCAGAUCUGUAAUAACGAUGAAGAUGAUGCUUAUCUUUUCGUGUGUUGGUUUGUGUUUCUGGUUAGAUACUACAUCACAACAAUAAAGGUGCAGCAGUUAGUGCUGUGUACUCACAAAGAAAGGUUCACAUCACAGCUGGGCCCUGUGUGUGUGACGCUGGCAUGUUCCCCCUGCUCUGAUACUUUGUUAGAAUGGAAAGAAGACAUGUUGGAGUCACAGUGAGAGACGGUUUAAGAGUCUGACUUUGUUAAGUGUCUACAAUCCUUUCAGCACUGCUGCACUGAGAAGUCCACAUCACAGCUGGGCCGAUUCCAUCCACAGGUUUCAGUUAUAACUGUAGACCUCAAAGCAAGUUUGUGCUGAGAUUUGAACUUCAGUUUGACUUUUCAGCUGGGCCUUAUGUGAAAUAGUCAUUUAGACUAUUAUGACACAUUAUGAAUUGUCCUUUAUAACUCAGACCAUCACCAGCUGUGCUGAAGACAUGGUCUGUGCUUUAUUCAUUACACCUAAGCAGUACUGGUAACAAUGUUUCUUUGUAUCAACCACUUAAACAUUUAUAAAUUAAAAUCAUAACUUUUCUGCCUGAUGCUCAGCCUCGUUGGCCAUUCCACUCGUCUGCGUAAAACUGCAGCCACACUCGAAGUAAGUGCAGCGACGCGGUGGCCAGAAGUGACUACCAAUGAGAGUGCAGGUUACCACUGAUUUAAAACACAUUAGCUAACCAGAGUGAGGAGUGUAUGCAAGCGACCAGCCAUCAGCAUCACAGCGAUACAUGACGAGCAAAUCCUUCCCAGUGUGGCUUAAAGCUGCACGUGUGCCUGUCAUGUACGGCCUGGUUCGCUACUUUACUGACUUUGACCAACUCCAGAGGGGUUUGAAUGGGCUUGUAUCGUGUUAGGGUGAGCAGGUGCUUAAUGAAUGAAUGAAUUUCUAGAAGUUCAUUAAAAAUGUAGUAAACUUUCAUGUAGUAAAAACGUCUCCCUGCUUCGUGUUUCUAACCUUCCUGCGUAUGAAUGUGUCAUGUCAUGUGACCCCGACAAAGACCAGAUGACGUUCAUCGUCCCAAUACUUCACCUGUUGUUGCUGUAGCUCUGGUUCUGUGACAGGAAAGAGAAGCUGAGGUGAUUGAUGAAAAACAGAUGAGUGGAUGAUGAUGUCUUCAGAGACUGAUGUUCAUGAAAAAGUGAUGUUUUAUUGAACUUGGUGGUGUUUGCUGUUGUUUGCUUCUUCUGCCUGACAUUGUGAGUUUAAGCCAACCCUGAGACAGUGACUGAACAUGCAGGAGCUCAGUGUGUGCUUACAUGAGAGAACAGCAGAGGGACGAGCCUGGGACUGAAGUUCUCACCUGUCCAUGGAGUCUCUGCAUAUUUAAAUGAUUUGACCUGUCUUAUAUAGAUACACAUGUUGCACAACAUAAUACAAGGCUUGAUACCAAAUAGUUUGAUUCGUUACCACAAAAACAAGAUCGAUGCUGGUCAGGUCUUUGCAGCUUGUUGCACUGGAUUGUAUUACAUUGUGCAGGUGUAAACAUCUGGAUUUGUUAAGGCCCUAAUAAGGGUUGAUGAAGACUUUAGGCUGAAUUUGUGUGACACUGUAAGAAACAGCCCUGUUAAUGUGUAUGCAUGUGAUGCCACCAUAUAAGAAAUUCACUACAGUCAUAGCAAACUAACACCUGGUAUUAAUAUGUGGCUUGUGUCUGCAAUAUGUUUAGUAUAAAUGCAAGGAGAACACACACGAGUCCGACUGUUACUGGAUCAGCUGGAUCACCUCUGUAGGUGUAAAUGUAACGUGAUUGUGAAGCCAGUGUUUUAAAACUGGCCGCGAUAAGCGAGGGGCAGAUCUAAGAAACAGAAGGAUGCUAACGGUUUGUUAGCCAACAUUGUACCCUGGUUGAUCCUCCCGUCUGCCUCUAAAGGACGCCAUAUUUAACAGAAUGAACACGUAGGCUAGUGACUAAAACUAAUCAGGAAAGUGUUGGCUGGGGCUUAUUUUUCCAUAGACUUCUAUACAAGUAUUUCGUCUCCUGCUGACCACAGAGGUUCUUUUUAGACCCGGAGGCUACAUCCAACCUGCAAGUUUUAUAAACUGAGGCACUGCACUACAGUAAACCAACUAUGCAUGUGUCCUUCAGGCUGAUUCCAAGCAACCUGAAAAAGUAUGAUGCCAGUAACUACUACUCUGUGGUGUUUGUGGUGUCUGCAGCUGACCGUGUGCACCAUCCACAAGGGAGCAAGACUGCACGAGGUCGACGACGUGGGUCAUUCAUACAAGAUCCACUCGACCUCCUUAAUAUCACUUAAUUAUUCUUUAUGAUUUCUUUAGCAUAUUCUAAAACCUCAAAAGCUCAGCAUGAUUUUUUCCCAUAACCAGCUUUGCACAUUAGAUUAUAUAGAAAUGAUAUAUUAGAUUUAAUGUGAAGUUUAAAAUGAACUGUUUAUCAUUUUGAAGAAGAGCCUGGUACCUGAACGUGGGUAAAAAGGACAAAUUCAUACAACAUUUUGGCCAGAUAACUACCUGCAUCAGAGCAGUUCUAAUAUCCAGGUUGCCGGUGCUCUACACCACAGACAGUAAAGCAGGCCUGCCUGUGUCCGCAUCAGCACAUGUUAAUACCAGGUGGCGAUGGAGGCUACGUUUCCUCAUCACGUCGAGCUGGUGUCGCCCACAGCUGAAAUCACGCCCCGGCAUUACUGGGCCUGUCCGUGGUGCUGAGGGUGGUCAGGUGGACUCUUCACAUUAACUCUUCUCAUACAACCCACCCAAAAUAUUUGAUUCACGCUCACAUGGAAACGAGCUCCACGGGGGAUCGUAAUGUAAAGUUGAUUUUAAGUGCACAUAUUUAAUCGCUCAGUGGUCGUUGUGUUCUCUUCUUUUUCUUUUUGUUUCUCAGGGUGAAAUCAAGCUUUAGAAUCACUUAACACACAAAGCACAGCAAUAAUGAAUUGGUUCCUUUACAGCAUCACAGGCAGGUUGACAUUUUGUAACAAGACUGUUUCUAUUCUGUUUGUGUUUGGGCUCUAUUUCCUCCUCUGCAGGUGUUUUUGCACUGUAAAUGAGUUUUUUUCCUUUUAUGAUUCAUUAUUUGCCUUUUUUAAUGGUUACUUGUAAAUGCCAAUGUAUAUAUUGGAUAUUUUGUAAAGAAAAUAUUACAGCAGCCUGUCUGCUUUAGAGAGAAUGUGAGGUUGACGGUGUCAUAUGAACCUCCAUCAACAGCUAAAGUAAAUAUGUAAUUAAUAAGAGUUUGAAUUUGCAUUUGUUCCUUUCCUGUUAAAUGCAGCUGAGUGCAAUAUGAGGACCUGAGUGAUUGAAGUUGGUACCUUCUCUUCACACAACUGCAUGAUUAAAAUGUAAAGAGCUGGCUCCUGCUCCAGCAUACAUCCCAUAUGAACUGUGUAAAUAGGGUCCCAUGCAUUUCUGCAGAGUUUCUCUCUGGGUUUCAUCACACCAGUCACACCAUUGCUUCUGCUGGUUUGAAAGUAGCUACAGCACCUGUGUCGCAAUAUAAAUAAAACCCAACUUUCAUACAAACACAGCCUGUACUGGUCAUAGCUGAUGUAAGCUGGAAACACAGUUCCAUGUCCUGAUGUCCAGCAAGUCAGCAAACUCAAAUGGGUGGAAGGAUUCAAGGUCUGACCCCCGGAUUUUAAAGACGGGGACCACAGUAAUCGGGUCGGGGCAGCAGAAUGGGGAGCGUGACUCUUGAGUUAUUGGCACUGACCACUGGUCUACCACAUCUAAGAUUAAGGCCUAAUGAAUGUAGGUGAUUUCGAUUUAGUUUUAGCACAGAGGAGUUUGUUUUCUCUUGUCAUUUGCAGACGUAAAGAGAGGGUACAUUUGAAUAUCCAAAGGAAUCCUUGCUUUGUCAUUGUUCUCAGUAAGAAAUGCAGACUGAGAUGUUGUUUCCCUGAAUUUGUUGUUUUUAUUUUGUGUGCUGUAAUAAAAGGUUAU